AUGCUCUCCCGUUUUGCAAUUACUUCUCCACGUGCAGUUAUCAAUUCAUCAAAGAGAGCUUUUUGUUCAUCUAAUCUUGAUGCACAUGAACAAAUCAAAGAUGAAUUAAAACCAAUGGAUGAACAGGUUAAUCCAUCUUUCUUUAAGAUGACUGAAUAUUAUUUUGAUAAAGGUGCUUCCGUUCUUGAACCAGCUCUUAUCAAAGAAUAUCAACAUGCUUCCAUUAGUAAUGAACAAAAAACUAAUUAUGUUAGAGGUAUAUUGGGAGCUAUCAAACCAGUAAAUAAAGUUCUUUAUGUUUCAUUUCCAAUAAGACGUGAAAAUGGAGAAUAUGAAAUGAUUGAAGCUUGGAGAGCACAACACUCAGAACAUAGAACACCAACAAAAGGUGGUAUUCGUUAUUCAAUGGAUGUUUGUGAAGAUGAAGUUAAAGCAUUAUCUGCUUUAAUGACAUACAAAUGUGCUGUUGUUGAUGUACCAUUUGGAGGAGCUAAAGGAGGUGUUAAAAUUGAUCCAAAAAAAUACACAGAUUAUGAAAUUGAAAAAAUAACUCGUCGUCUUGCUAUUGAAUUUUCAAAAAAAGGUUUCUUAGGACCUGGAGUUGAUGUACCAGCACCAGAUAUGGGAACUGGAGAACGUGAAAUGGCUUGGAUUGCUGAUACUUAUGCACAAACAACUGGACAUUUAGAUAAAGAUGCUUCAGCUUGUAUCACUGGUAAACCUAUUGUUUCAGGAGGUAUUCAUGGACGUGUAUCUGCAACAGGGCGUGGUGUAUGGAAAGGGAUGGAAGUUUUUAUUAAUGAUGAAGAUUAUAUGAAAGCUGUAGGUCUUACAACUGGAUAUAAAGGAAAAACAGCUAUUAUUCAAGGAUUUGGUAAUGUUGGUCUUCAUACAAUGAGAUAUCUUCAUAGAGAUGGAGUUAAAGUUAUUGGAAUUCAAGAAUACAAUUGUGCUAUAUACAAUGAAAAUGGAAUUGAUCCAAAAGCUCUUGAAGAUUACAAUAUUGCUAAUAAAACUAUUAAAGGUUUUCCAGGAGCUAAAUCAUUUGAACCAUUUGGUGAACUUAUGUUUGAACAAUGUGAUAUUCUUGUUCCAGCUGCUUGUGAAAAAUCAAUUCAUAAAGGAAAUGCUAAUCGUAUAAAAGCUAAAGUUAUUGCUGAAGCAGCUAAUGGACCAAUAACACCAGCAGCUGAUAAAAUUCUUCUUCAACGAGGUAAUUGUCUUAUCAUACCUGAUAUGUUUGUAAACAGUGGUGGUGUAACAGUAUCUUACUUUGAAUGGCUUAAAAAUUUAAAUCACGUAUCAUAUGGUCGUCUUACUUUCAAGUAUGAACGUGAUUCUAAUAAUCUUCUUCUUAACUCUGUUCAAGAAUCUAUUUCUAAAGCACUUGGACAAAAUGUUCCAAUUUAUCCAAAUGAAGCAUUUGCUAAUAAAAUAUCUGGUGCUUCAGAAAAAGAUAUUGUACAUUCUGGUCUUGAAUAUUCAAUGAAUAGAUCAGCAAAAGCAAUUAUACAAACAGCUAGAAAAUAUAAUCUUGGCUUGGAUCUUCGUACUGCUGCUUAUGUAAAUUCAAUUGAAAAAGUAUAUCAUACAUAUAAAACUUCUGGAUUUACAUUUUCUUAA